GCCAACCGCUUCUUUUGAGUAAUGCGUUGCAGGGGAUGAGAUUGUCACUAUUUAUUCAGUUGGCUCUAUUAAUCCGUUAUGCUUUUUGUGAUUAUUAUGACGUCCUUGGAGUAUCUAAAUCUGCCUCAAAUUUGGAAAUUAAGACAGCAUAUAGGAAACUAGCGAAGAAAUGGCAUCCGGAUAAGAAUCCUUCAGAUAAAGCAAACAAAAAGUUCAUUGAAAUAAAUGAAGCCUAUGAGGUACUAUCCAACUCUAAGAAACGGCAUGAGUAUGAUACCUUCGGAAAAGUCCAUUCAGAUGGGAGUGCACCUCCCCCUGGACAUUAUCCAUACCGUCACGAAUUUGUUCAUUCUUCGUUUGAAGAUCUUUUCGAUUUUUUUCCAGGGUUCAACCGUGCCCCACAAUUCUCAACCAAUGUCCUUAAUAUCGACUUUCGAAACUAUCGCCUAACCCACCUCCCACGAUCUCGAACGGUGCCUUUGUUCAUAUUUGGUUAUUCUGAUUUUUGUUUCCCUUGUCGUCAAGUUCGUCCCAUUUGGUCACAAUUAGCAGAUGAGCUUACUCCGUUGGGGAUUACUGUGGCUAGUGUCAAUUUAGAACAUGAUUCUGCACUGCGUGAAGAGCUACGUGUAUUACAUGUUCCGAGUGUGACAAUAGUUGUUGAUGGACAGGUUUCUUAUUACUCUCGAGGUGAUUUCAGUCAUAAUAGUCUUAUUGACGCAUUAAGAAGUGCAAUUAUGAAAUCAAAUCCUUCACGCUCUAAGGCGUUACCAAUAUUUCUUAGCACAACAAUCGAUACACCAUUAAUACAAAGUAUUAGUGAUUAUGAUACAUUUAUUAAUACUUUUCAUUAUGGUUGGCGUCGUGACAGUCGACCCAGAAUGGUACUUAUUAAACCAUUAACUUUACCACCGUUACGGUAUUGUGUGGCUGCUUUCAGAGCAGCAGAUCAUUUAGCUGCUGGUUAUAUUAAUUCUGAACCUGGUAACAAUCAUAAUCUGGCUAAGAAUUUCAAUGUAAAUCCAAAUGAGGAGACCUUAUUGAUAUAUCAUGAAGAUUCAAGCAUACCUGUCUAUCGUCAAUCAGCUACAAAAUUAUCACCUACUUUAUUGGAUAAUGCAAUGUUAACUUAUAGUCAAUUAAAUAUCCCUAGAAUAUAUAGUCGUGCACGACUGUUGGAUUUAUGCCCAACUGAUGGAAGUAAACCAACUAGUAAAUAUGCUUUAGAAUCAGAUAAACAUUAUAAUGAUCAUUCUAAUCAUCGUCAUUUAUGCUUAGUAUUAUUGUUAAAUUCAAAGUUAUCCAAUGUUGAACAAGUAAACAGUUGGGGUGAUAUAUGGUUAACUAUGUUACGUCAUACAUUACAAUUAUCUCAAACAGAUUUAUCAAAAUUAUAUCAUACAAAUCAACAUAGUUAUCAUUUUAUGCCUGUACAUAUUUACGUGGAUCGUCAGAUUAGUUUAAUGCAAAAAUUAAGUACAUCUUCUACAUGUUCAAAUGAAUCGUGUAAUUUACUUAAUGAAGAUAAUAUGGGCCGUUUAGCAUUAAUUUGGCGUAUCAGUUCAACUGAAACAGUUUAUCAAUUUCUUCCCACUAAUUCAAUGUCUCAUCCAAGAACUCAUUUAAAUGAAAAAAUGCUGAAACCAAAUGAUUUAAAAAGUUUGAUCCUGAAAUCUACUAAACAGAUGUAUACUGCUUUAAUGAAUGAUUUAGAAAAUAUUAUCCAGACAGUAUCUAUUAUUGACAAAGUAACUAAUCCAACAAAUCAUUUCACUCAUUCAAUUGAUAAAGUGGUAUCUCAAUGGUAUCUACUCAAAGAUUGUAUGAUUGAGGAAUUAAUGAUUGAUGAAUUAGUAGCGUCAAUAUGGAUUAGAAUGAGAAAUAGGCUGUUACAAAUUCUUGUGGAUAUUGGACAUUCGAUGUUUGACCUCGUAAAUCAUCCUUUGGCAUUUGUUUUUUCAAGUUUUAUGAUUAUCAUCGGUUUACUAUUAUUCAGUUUGAUAUCAACACUUGUACAAGCAACAAAAAAUGAACAACAGAAUAAAUGUACAACAGAGAAGCGUUACAACGAAACAAAUCAAGAUGUUAAUACAUCAUUCUCAUCAAACAGUGAUAUUAGUGGUAAAAAUAGUAGUAGCUGUGGUAAUAAUAGCAGUAGUAGUCAGUGUAAAUUUACUGAAGGGUCAGUUGUUUUGUUUUAUUUCUGUUUUUUUUUAUUAAUUGUUUGAUUGCAACGUAUAUGGUUUUCAUCAACCAAUUGAUGUAUCAUUUAGAAGAGCCAUUUAUAAUCAAGGAGCACUGAAACACUGUUUUAGUCUAGUUAAAUAUUCCUUUAUAGUAGUGUACAUUUAUGAUUUAUUCAAGACCGUAAUAAGGCGUUUUCCUACAUCAAUAAUAAUGAAUUAGUUUUGAUCAUAAAAAAAUAAUAGAUUGAUUCAUUAACAUAUGUUUGAUCAUAGCUUAAAGUACAUGGAAUAUUUUAAAUGGUUCUUUUCUUACAUCCGUUUUAUUUGUAUAUAUGUCGAUAAGGUUGUGAAUCUUCAUCGACUGGGAUGAUUGGGUCACGUGUUAAGUAUACCUGAACACCGAUUACCACGACGCACAAUGCUGACUAGUGUUGGGGAUGACUGGAAGAAAGUUAGGAACAGCCAAACCAAAGCGUGGCAUCACUCCUCGAAGUCACUAACUUCUAGUCUUAGCCAUGUUGAUAGAUGCAGACUACUCGGUUGGGGUCCGCGUGAGUAUCGUAAUCAAUGGUUGUAGAUUGUGGGUGACAUGGCUCAGAGUCGAUCACAAUAGUGUAGGUGUAUACACUCUCUGUCUUCCGUUAAACCAUGACAUUAAAAUUGCUUUGUAUCUUUCUUUCUACCAACUAAUUCUUUCUUCCUGUACUAUAUCGUUAUAUGCAAUCUUUCUUUUAUAUAUCACCACCUCUGAAUUAACUACUUUUAUCAAUCCGGUGUUCAUCUUGCUCUGCUAAUGAGGUAUGGCAUCUUGGACCAAUGCACAUAUGUGUUUGGUCCUACGUUGUAACUGAGUGAUUGUAUAUAUGUAAAGACUGAAUAAAAUCGUCUUUCCUUAAUUAAUAACUGCCAUUUAUAUUUAUUGAUAAGGGUUUUUGUACAGGUUUAUUGUUUAUGAAAUUGUGCAUCGCAUAAUAUACUUGGCAUAUAAAUUCUAUUGUUAUCGCUUCUGUUUUCUCCAAUGAACUAGAGGAAAACUGUACCGACCAUCAUAACGAUCCCUCUUAAAUUUUGCAAUAAUUAGUUUCACAAAAGGUUAUAAGCGUUGUGUAAAAGCACUUGAGUAGAUACUGUUUACAUUACACAUUGAUUUUGCUAAAAGAAACACAACCGAAAACCGGAAAAUUCAAUGUUAAGUUUGUAUAAUAAAAAAGUAGUGACCCAUAAGUAUAGGUAGACAUCCAUUGUCUUCUGUUCCUUCACUAAUUCACGGAACUUCCUAUUUCCUAAAAUUUUGGUCACAAUAACUGAAAGUUCAACGAGUAGUUUUAGUCCAUGACUCGUGUGGUUUUAUUAUAGAAAUACAAGAUCGCAACUUACAAAUGCUAUGGAUGUUCUCAAAACCUCCUUUUUUUGUUUGAUUCUGAGCUCUGAAAUUUUGUUGUAGAUUAAAAGCCCAUAUUUUCUGUCAUUGGGAUGAUAUCUUUUGAUCAUUAAAUACAUUACCUUUUGAUGUUUUGGAGUAAUAAGACAACAAUGUCGUUAGAAAUUACUAAAAACUGUUGUAAGUAUCAAGUCUAAAGUUUUAGCUAAUAGUAAUACCAUAAAUAUUUAUUAUUUUGUAUUUAUGUCUAGGUCAUCUACACUUACUCCUAUUGUUUCAUUAAAUCCUUCCACAUAUGACCGUCUUGUACGUGAUGCCCCUAAAGGUUUCAGGCUUCUAGUAUUAUGUGUUCGUGGAACUACUCAAGAUAAUCGAUUACGUGAUCAGUUUGACUUCAAAACUCGUCGAGUUUGUGGAAGUCAAAUUCAACGUGCUUGUCUUUCUAUGGAUCGAUAUUCUGGUUGGCUUGCAAAAUUACUUGAAUCUAUCAGAUCUAAUUUACCAAUACAUAUUCGUUCUAAUAAAACUAUUCAAAAGAAUAUGAAUGUGAAUGAUACUACUGAUGAUAAUAAUAAUAAUAGUGGAAUUUUAUUUAUUAAUCCAGUGAACUGUGUUGGAACAGUUAUUGCCGUUAAUGGUUAUCGUCGAUAUUUCAAUCUUUAUCAUCCUUUAAUUCCAGGUUCUCAAAGCAGUUCUGAUGAAAAUUCUGAAUCAGAUGAGGACAAAUCAUCAAUAGUUGAAAAACAAGGUAAACGCUUACGACAUAGACAUAUAUUUGGUCGUGCAUUCGGUUUAGAAUCAGAUGAUGAAGAAGAUUUCAAUCAAUCUAAUAUUAAUAACAAUCAUUCACAUUUAAAGUCAAGGCAUCAAAUAAAUGAUGGAGUAUUAUUUGAAAGUGAAUUAUUAGAUGGUUUAUCCAAUUGGUUAGAUCGUCUGUUUGAAGGUUCAUUACCUCGUUAUAAUGUUGCAGAAUGGCCAAUCGGUUUACUUGGAGAUGAUAAUGAUGAUGAUGAUGACGAUUAAAUUGUAUAGGUUAUGUGUUAUAUGCCGUGAUAAAUGUUGAUGUUUUUAUUAUCAUCUAACAACAAUAAUAUGGUUUCAUUCCAUUCUAUAUCAUUUGUAAAAAUAUUCAAAUUGUUCAUCUUUUUUUCUUGAACCUUAUUUUAUAAAAUGGAGUUCCUUGGAUUUUUUUCUUUUUUGUAAUUUUAAGUAAAUCUUCAAUGUAGAUAUUUCUUCUUAGAAAGAAGUAGACAAUGUUAUGUAAUAUUUGAAGUUUUAAUGUUUAAUGAAUUGUAUUCAUCAUUGUAAUUAUCGUAUCAUUUUACCUAUCAUAUACCUAUUUAAUAAUUUGAGACUUUAUUUAAUUCACUGAAUAUAAAGCAUUAUAUUUCAUUCG